CAUGAUCUGACAUUUCAUUCUGGCGUUACGAUAUUUUACAAUUAGCCAUUUAUCUUUGCACGCCGUGAAUUUACAUGUGUUGUAUUUAUUUUCUUGGUAUUUUAGAGGAAAAGUGUGCUAAUUUAAUUUAAUAGUUAAGUAAAACUGCGCAAGUACCACAAUUUAAAGUCAGUUUCCUAGUAGCAGGUGCGUAAAUGUGCCAAGAGUGUGCCAUCUCAAUGUUGAUCGGGACUUGGGAUUGGCAGUUGAGUUGAAAGAAACCCAUAAAUUAAUCUUAUCACUCGAACAAGUGUGGAAAUUGCUUUUCGAUAUACACUUUCCGUCGUCAGGUGCAUGACGCAUUCAUCAUACAAGGAAACUAAUGUUUAUUGGGCGGAAAAGUUUAAAUCGAUAUUUCAAUUAUUAAAAAUUUUCGCCUGAUAGCAUCGGCAACAUGGUGGCUAUACCUUAUUUAUUUAACGAAAUCGAGCUAAUUUUCCAAAAUACACCACUCUUUGUAAUUGUAUUGGAAGCUUUUUUACUACUUUCGGUUAUAUGGUUGUUGCUUGUCAAACGCAAUGGGCGUGAUAAACGUUAUAGCAAAGAGAAAGAAGAAGAAAUUAUAUCUAAAUACCAACCGGAGCCUCUCGUAGCUGAGACCGAUCCAUCUCAUCCGCUGCUGAAAACACGCUUGGUACAAUCAAAAGUUGGCAAACGUGUAGUCGUUGAUGGGCACGAUUGUCUUAAUUUGGCAACACAUAAUUAUUUAGGUUUACUGGAAGACGAAAAAAUAUUAGAUGAUGCCUGUAAGGCUAUAAAGAAGUAUGGUGUGGGCUCUUGUGGACCACGUGGUUUUUACGGAACAAUGGACGUGCAUUUGGAUUUGGAGGAUCGUUUGGCAAAGUUUAUGGGUAUGGAAGAGGCGGUGGUGUAUUCUUAUGGAUUUUCUACUAUAGCAAGUGCUAUACCAGCGUAUUCAAAGCGUGGGGAUGUAAUUUUUGCCGAUGAAAAAGUUAAUUUUUCUAUACAAAAAGGUUUGGAUGCAUCGCGUAGCACAAUAUAUUACUACAAACACAAUGAUAUGACCGAUUUGGAGCGCUUGCUAAUCGAACAGCAAAGGCGUGAUGUAAAGAAUCCAAAGAAAGCCGCUAAGACUCGCCGUUUCCUGGUUGCCGAAGGUAUUUACAUGAACACUGGCGAAAUAUGCCCUCUUCCCACUUUAGUUGCGCUGCGUGCCAAAUAUAAGUUACGCUUGUUUCUUGACGAAAGUAUUUCCUUUGGCACGCUUGGCAAAACUGGUCACGGUCUCACGGAGCACUUUAAUGUCGAUCUAAUAGAAGUCGACCUAAUUAUGGCCGGCAUGGAAAAUUCUCUAGCAACAAUCGGCGGCUUCUGCGUGGGGUCUCACUUCAUUGUAGAACAUCAGCGGCUCUCCGGCCUUGGUUAUUGCUUCUCUGCUUCACUGCCACCAUUAUUAACACAAGCAGCAAUCUCAGCACUGGAUCGCUUCGAAAGUCAGCCAAAAAUGUUUACAGAGCUACAGGUAAUAUCGGGCAAAGUGCAGGAAGUAUUUGGUAAAUUAUCAAAAUUAAAAUUGCACGGUAGCGAACUUUCACCUGUCAAGCAUUUGUACAUCGCCGAACAACGUGAGAAUGCGGAUAUGGAACGCGAGUUGCUUACCGAAAUAGCCAAUAAGUGCAUUACCCGUGGUGUUGCAGUCAUUGAGUCGCGUUAUCUGGAGAAUUUGGAAAAGCACACUAUACGUCAUAGUAUUCGUAUUACCGUGAAUCGUUUGCUUACCGAUAAUGAUAUCAACCAUGCGUUUGAUGUUAUCGAAAGUGUGACUAAUGAGGUACUGUAAAUUGCUCUCUUUUUUUAGUCCAUUAGUGAGCAAAUGAGUACGCCAAGGGCCUUAGGGGUACUUAGAAUCAAAUGGUUAUGUUUUAAGGCAGCAGAAUGUUUCAGUAUAUUUGUUUUAAUAUGUUAAACUGAUUUGUAUUAAGGUGAAAACUACUACUACUACUAUUAAUUUAUAAAGCAGAUAAGUAUUUGAAAUUAUUGUCAUCCAGGAAUGACGUUACGAAAAUGUGUGACUAAGGAAGUACUUCCUCUUUAUUUGUAAAUUUUCUAUUCUCUUAUGAAACAAUUGGAAUGUGCAUUCACACUUUUGAAAAAUAGAACAGUUAACUUUAAAACUCAGCCAACUAUAAAUUCUAUAAAUUGUUUAAUUUUUAAUACCAAAUUUCAUUGUUCUCUACUAUAGUAUAAAAUAUAAUCCUUUUUUGUCAUUUUUAUAAAAUUCUUAAUGUUAAAAUAUCUCUAUAUUAUAAGCUCAUGCACAUUCCACACCAGGAAUAUACAUACUAACAGGAAAGAAUCAUGUUCAAGAACCAAAGCCAGAUGCAACAUAUCCUUUAUACAUACAUAUGCCUAAUGAAAACAUAUGUAUGUGUUCAAGUUAUAUAAGCCAAAAAUAAUUUAUUUUUUAUUGUUUGGUAGCGCUUCGAAAUAAAAUGUGCAUUUUGUACAUUCAGUCGUAAAUACUUGCUAGAACAAGUUCAUCGCUUUAAGACUUAAAGUUUAAGUGAUCGUUAUGUAUUAAAAAAUCUAUUAUUUGUUAUAAUAAGAUGCUACGACACGCCUUAA